ACUAUCAGAGUUCUCCUGGCAGCCAUCAUGAAGGGUACAGUCUCGAUCUGCUGUUUCCUCUCCCUGCUGAUAUUGCAGGCCACAGCAGAAGAAGAAGAAGAUGUCACCUCUGUUCUAAGAGACAAGUCUCACAUCGACGAGACGCUGCGCCUCGCAAGUGAGGAAAAAGCAAGAGACUAUGCAGCGGCUUUGGAGAGGUUGCGGAAGAUCUACCACACGUCCAUCAAGCCGAUGGAACAAGCCUACAAGUACAAUGAGCUGAGGCAGCACGAGAUCUCAGCCUACCCCGGACGAACCCUGGGUGAAUCAGCCACAGAUGGAGAGAUUACCUCCAAACCCAUGGUGCUCUUCCUGGGACCCUGGAGCGUUGGAAAGUCCACAAUGAUCAAUUACCUCCUGGGCUUGAACGACAGCCCCUAUCAGCUCUACACAGGAGCUGAGCCUACUACCUCUGAGUUCACUGUUAUUACGCAUGGGGAGAAGAUCCGCUCCGUCGAGGGUAUAGUCAUGGCUGCCGACAGCUCUCGCUCUUUCUCGCCCCUGGAGAAGUUUGGCCAAAACUUCCUUGAAAAGCUGAUCGGUAUUGAGAUGCCUCACAAGCUGCUGGAGCGUGUGACUUUUGUGGACACACCAGGAAUCAUCGAGAACCGGAAGCAGCAGGAAAGAGGCUAUCCUUUCAAUGAUGUUUGCCAAUGGUUCAUUGACCGUGCUGACCUGAUCUUUGUGGUGUUUGACCCCACCAAGCUGGAUGUUGGCCUGGAGCUGGAGAUGCUCUUCCGACAGUUGAAAGGUCGCGAGUCCCAGAUCCGCAUCAUCCUAAACAAGGCUGACAAUCUGGUCACCCAGGACUUGAUGAGAGUCUAUGGAGCACUCUUCUGGAGCUUAGCCCCGCUCAUCAAUGUGACUGAACCCCCUCGUGUCUAUGUCAGCUCCUUUUGGCCAUACGACUACGCGCCCGACACCAGUCGUGAGCUCUUCAAGAGAGAGGAAAUCUCCCUCCUGGAAGAUUUGAACCAGGUGAUUGAAAACCGUAUGGAGAACAAGAUUGCCUUCAUCCGCCAGCAUGGCAUCCGUGUGCGCAUCCACGGCCUGCUGGUGGACCGCUAUGUCCAGACCUUUAAAGAGAAGAUGAGCUUCUUCAGCGACCCUGAACUAGUGUUUCAGGAGAUUGUGGACGACCCAGACAAGUUCUACAUUUUCAAGUCCAUUCUAGCCAAGACCAACGUCAGCAAGUUUGACCUGCCCAACCGUGACGCUUAUCGUGACUUCUUUGGCAUCAAUCCAAUCACCAGCUUCAAACCCCUGUCGGCUCAGUGCUCCUAUAUCGGAGGCUGUCUGCUGGAUAAGAUUGAGAAGGCAAUCACCAAUGAACUGCCCACUCUUCUGAGCAGUAUUAACUCUGGCAAACAGCCUGGUCUGUCCACCUGUGAGGCAACCGGCUGUGGUGAGAAGCCAAAGAAUCGCUACCGAAAGAACUGAGGAGCACAAAAUAACUUAAGUGGGGGAGUGUAAGGAGAAAAGGGAAGUGAAGAGAAGGGGUCUGGUGAUAGCCAACCCUGCUUUUGUCAGAAUGCCUGUAUUGUUGAGGAGACAGAGGAGAUGGGAUUAGUGUUUGUUUUGUUUUUUUCCUCAGGAUAAUAUGGGGAAGAGCAUUUAGGACUUUGGGAAUAAGGCAGAUAGUGGGAUAGGGAGAGUAACUGUUUAACAAGGCAGCUUAAGGACACACGUGUCACUGAUCAACACACGCCCUCCUCUCUCCCUCGCACAAUCACAGUGGACUGUCUGAGAUCUUGGUGUCGAGGAAGUAAUGAUAUGAAGAAAAAUAAAAUGAGAUCAAAUAAAAAUUUCAAAUCCUGAGACUCAAAAAGUCAAAUACCAGCUCCCUUGUAUGUGAAUAAAAUGGGAAAUGUAGAAACCCAAGAUGAAAAAUUCAUGUGGUGCAAUCUUGAGAAUCGCAUUGCAGAAGAUGAAUUCCAUAUGCUUCAGAAGCUGUUUUUGAAGUCGCCUUUGUGGGUGCUAUACAAAGCCUUCGUGUUUGUGUCCAACAUUCAACAGAUAACAUUAGUGCCGCAUGAUAGAUGAUGCAUUAACUUUCCUUCUAACAAACUCGUGUGACUGUUCCUCCUGCUGCUGACACCUGAACCAGCCCUGCCGUGCAGCAAAUGAGGAACUUAGGCCUUUUCUUCCUUAGUUUUAUUUGCUCAUCAGUCGUGGUUGUUGACAACCUGUGAAAUGAGCACUCUGAUGGACGCAGAGGUCAGGGUUCAAGGGUCAGAGUCUUCAGCGUAUUCGUUCUGCUUCACUUCUUCACUCCUCUUAAUGUUUCUGACUUUGUCUAAAAAUGUCCCUUUUUCCUUCAAACCUAUGCUUCCCCGCAUCUUUGGCAGAAUGACCGUAACAGUGAAUUGUAGCUGUAACUAUAGCGACAUAUUUAUUGAUAUUGAUUUGCAGUAUAAACCUUUUCAAUGGGCAUUGAAGUAGGCUCUGUAUCUGUGCACUAAACGCAUCUGCAGCAGAAUUUGACAAUUCACUACAUUAUUGUGACAGUGAAUCUCCGUGCUAAAGGUCAAAGAGAGAGUAGAGGACUCUGGUGGAGGAAAGAAAAACACCUGAAAUACUGACCCUAUGCUUUAACAUAUCAAAGCCUACCUCAGUGAACUCCCCAGAAUGAUGGUAUGGAUAAAUUGUAUAAAAAUGUUCAACCACUUUUUUUCCCUGCCAGGUACAUCACUAGCUUGAGACAUAAAGGUAGGUGGACUUUGUUACCUCUUGAUAGACACGGGGUAACUGUUAACAGUCUGCUAAAAUGCACAAACACGGGGUCCUAAAUCAAGGUACAGGGGAGUAGUAGAAACUCCACAUUAACAAAAACCCUUUAAAUUUGCUUAAAACAGUCUUCCCUCACUUACCUACAUGUUGUACAGCUUUCCCCAACUAAAAUCUGAAGCACAUAAUGAUAAUAACUGACAAACUGAAAGUCACAUUUUGCUUAUCUUCCUCUGUUUCUCUGAGAGUGAGUGUUUUCCACAGGGUGUGUUUGUUAUGCUCACACUGCAGGUCCAGGACAUGCCCACUAGAGAGUGCUGUGUAAAUGUGUAAAAAGUUAGAGUGGAGACAAAUGCCCCCAUGAUGCAGCAGUCUUCAGUGGAGUUCAAGCUUGGGCUGAUGGCGUUGUGUGCUUGUGCUUUUUGGUAUAUUUCAGUAUCAGAUAUCUUAAUUUACUGGUGAAUUAGAUUCGGAAUGGAUGUGUGUCCCAUUAAAGCAGUUGUUGAUUCACUUUUUUGUUUUGUUUUAGUAAAUUAAAUUAAUCUUGGCCCGCUUUUCUUUUCUUUUUUUUUUUUGGAAGCUUGAUCAUCAAGAAUAAACAUUUGUGACUGA